AUGGAUUCCGACGCCGAACAACGAGUCGCGCGACUCCACGAAUUAUCGUUAGAACAAUUGCGCGAAGAAUUAGAAUGCCGCGGAUUGAAAACGGAAGGAAUAUUACCCGUCUUGCGUGCGCGGCUGACCAAAGCCGUUCGCUGCGAGCAAUUAGGGUGGAGGCCGCCGCCGACUCCGGAAACGGAAGGCGAGGAUAGCGGGGACGAUCGCGCAUCGGGCGAAUCGAGUACCGGAACGAUCAUCAAGGACGAUCGAGUUCGGACCCCGGGAAUGGAUUUCGCGGAGCAUCUCUUGCAGCCUCCGUUACUACAGCUGCCGAGACGCGAACCGGAAAUUCGUGCGCCCGCGCGUCGUACCGAUUCCGCGACCGACGUAUAUCAGAUGAUGCGUCGGUGGAACCUUAAAUUCUCCGGCGCUCGAGGUUGCGACGCGGAAGCCUUCCUAUUGCGUAUCGAGGAGGGUCGCGCCCUAUUCACGGCCACCGAUGCCGACGUAUUCAAGUGUAUCCCUUUCUUUUUGAACGGCACGGCUUUAUAUUGGUAUCGGAACGAGCGCGGACGGUGGCGGACUUGGAAGGAAUUUGAAACGUCGUGGCGUGCGCGGUUCGGUAGUCCGGACUUUCAGUUCGCGUUACGCGAAGACAUACAGAGACGCACGCAGGGGGAAUACGAGUCGAUUGCCGAUUUUCUUACUUGUAUUCGCGCGAUGUUUGAGAGACUGAGUCCGCCGUGGAGUCUGGAAGAACAGCUUAAUCAGGCUCACCGGAAUAUGUUGCCGCGGUUGCAAAUCGUAGUUCAGCGCCGCGACUUUUACGAUUUUGCUUCACUGGAGAGUCAGGCUACGCGAGUGGAGCAGGGGUACGAAGCCGCUAGUCGAUAUCGUGCGCCUCCGCCGCCGGAACAGAUGAUAUUCCCGGAUCUCGCGUAUCGGGCACCGCCGAAGAGUUCUAAGAAAACUCCCGCGGUCGCGGCUAUCGGAUUGACGGAUAACCUCCCAGGAAAGAAGCGUGCCGAGAGACGCGCGCGAAAAGAGGCCGCUCGCGCGACGAAGGCGCAAUCUAAUUCCGCACGACAGAAUAGUGAGGCUGCCGCCUCCACGAGUAACGUCGCGUCCUCGAGUCACGCGAAUUCUGCGAAAUCAUCCGGCAAAUGCUGGAACUGCGACAAGGCCGGCCAUAUCGCACGCGAAUGCGCUGAGCCGCGCCGCCGGGAAUCACUAGGGCGGGCCCCGGUGAUCCCGGAAUACUUAGAAAAGGCCCGCGCGGAAGCCACGAGCGAGGCCUCUAGCUUGUCGUCCAGCUCACUCGGCGACGACGCUCGAACGCUGUCGCAGCUCCCGUACUGCGAGAUCUCGCUGGGGGGCGAAACCUUACGCGCUCUGAUCGACUCGGGGUCAAAUAGAACCAUCCUCGGAGCCGCGGGCAUAAAAAUUAUUCGCCGGUUGAGAUCGCCGAUUAACCGCGAUCAUCGUACGCAGAUUCGAACCGCGAACGGACAGCUAGCGGAGGUACGCGAAGAAGCAGAGAUUACGCUUCAAGUAGCAGGUCGAAGCCGCGACGUCUCCACGUGUUUGUUGCCGAGCCUAGCCGUCCCGUGUAUAUUAGGAGUCGAUUUUUUGCGCGCGUUUAAGGUAAUAGUAGACUUUGCUGCCGCGGAAUGGUAUUUCGCCGACGAAUCAACGUGCAGGUACCCCUUUCUAAAUAAUAAGGGAUCUGCGCAAACGUGCUGUGGACUCUCGGAACUGACCCCGUCGGAAACCGAAAGAUUAGGUAGAUUUCUUAAAGAGCGGUUGCCGGACCCUGUUGAGAAUCCCGGUGUCACUUCGCUUACCGAGCAUACGAUAGAUGUCGGACAAAAUAAGCCGAUCCGGCAGCGCUGCUACCUCGUAUCUCCGAAGGUACAGGAAGCAAUUCACGCCGAGGUAGAUAAAAUGCUGCGCGCCGGGAUAAUCGAACCCUCGCAUAGCGAAUGGUCAAAUCCGAUCGUGAUGAUCAAAAAGCCCAACGGAAAGUAUCGCUUUUGUUUGGAUUUCCGGAAGGUAAACGACGUGUCGAAAAAGGACGCCUACCCGCUGCCGAAUAUGAACGGCAUACUGGACAAACUGCGUUCGGCGCGUUACAUCUCGACGAUCGACCUGAGCCAAGCUUACUUUCAAGUGCCCCUCGCGAAUGAAAGCCGCGAAAUUACCGCCUUUAGCGUUCCGGGGAAAGGCCUGUAUCAGUUUACGCGGAUGCCGUACGGCUUGACGGGAGCGCCCGCGACAUUUCAACGGUUACUUGAUCGACUGAUAGGACCGGAGAUGGAACCGCAUGCUUUUGCGUAUUUAGAUGAUAUUGUGAUCGUGACGCCAACUUUCAAAGAGCAUUUAGAAUGGCUGGAUCGCGUGUUGCAAAAGAUCCUCGCUGCCGGAUUAACGAUCAAUCCCGAGAAGUGCGAAUUUUGCCGCGCACAAGUUAAAUAUCUCGGUUUCAUUGUGAGCAAGGAGGGAUUAUCAGUAGAUCCGGAGAAGGCACAGCCGAUUCUCGAGUACCCGGCCCCUACGAAUUUAAAACAACUCCGACGAUUUCUGGGUAUGUCGUCCUGGUAUCGGAGGUUUAUUCCUCAAUUCGCGACGCGGAGCGAACCGCUAACGCGCCUGUUAAAGAAAGAUCAGCCGUGGAAAUGGACCAACGAACAGGUCCACGCGUUUGAGGAAAUUCGAUCGUAUCUCGUUGCCGCGCCCACGUUGUCGCGACCCGAUUUCAGCAUUCCGUUCGUCCUUCAGACGGACGCUAGCUCGGUCGGAAUAGGUGCCGUGCUUACGCAAACUAUUAACGAGGAAGAACACGUAAUCGCUUUCGCGAGUAGAGCCUUAGCCGAUCCGGAAAAGAGAUACACCGUGACGGAGCAGGAAUGCUUAGCCGUUAUCUGGGCUAUAAAGAAGUUUAGACCGUACUUAGAGGGCUAUAAAUUCACGGUGAUUACCGAUCAUAGCAGUCUGCGAUGGCUUCACAACUUAAAGAACCCAACAGGUCGACUCGCGAGAUGGGCGUUAGAGCUUUUGGAGUACGAUUACGAGAUCAUACACAGGAAAGGCGCGCUACAUCACGUGCCUGAUGCGUUGUCGCGAAUGUUCGAGGGUGACACCGAGAUUCCCAUUGUCGCCGCUGUAGAUGUCGAAGAAAACGCGAACACGAACGAUGCCUGGUAUAAGAAGCGUCUUACGGAAGUCGCCACGAAAGCGCGUCCGUUUACCGAUUGGAGAAUAGUGGACGGACAACUAUAUUUCUGUCGACCGAAGCCGGUCGUGUCGGAGAUCGUCGAGGAUCUGGAUAGGUGGAAACUCGUGUUGCCUAGAGAGUUGCGGAGAGACGCGUUGAGAGAGGCACACGACGAACCGCGAUCCGGGCACCUCGGGGUUGAGAAAACCUACCACCGAUUAGCCGUUCGUUAUUACUGGCCGAACAUGUUUAGAGAUAUCACGGACUAUGUGAAACGGUGCGAGGUUUGUCAACGAACUAAGGUAGAACAGGCCAGCCCUAAGGGUUUAAUGGGCCAGGCGUUGUCGAGGCUCCCUGGACCGUAG